CCCCGUUCUCCUCUAGCUAACGGUAGGGCGUAAUGCUGCGAGCCAGCCAAUGGCCGCGUGCCGCUGCGCCUUUCCCCGCCCGUUCCGGCCGCACUGGGUAGCAACGGCGGUGGCGAUGGACGCCGAGGGGCUGCGGGCGCUGCUGAGCUACUACUGCCAGGAGGGCUACUUCCACCACCUGCGGGCUGCCGCGGAGGAGGCGCUCGGACGGCUGGGCGGCCACACCGUGUUCCACUUCUACCGGGCCUACGGCGACCUGAGGACAGGUGACAUCCAAGAGGGUAUUCGACAACUAGAGACCAUUAAAAACAAACAGGAAGUGUCACUGUGUGUGUUGAUGGCUCUGAUUUACGCUCACAAAAUGAGCCCUAAUCCUGAUCGUGAUGCUAUUCUAGAGUUGGAUACAAAAAUGAAGGAGCAACGUAAAACAGCAGGACAGCAGGCUCUGUACUUUGCUGGCUUAUUUUUGUGGCAUCUUGGUCGUGAGGACAAAGCCCGUGAAUAUGUUGAUAGAAUGAUAAAAGUUUCUAAUGGUGAUAAGGAGGGAUUGAUUCUGAAAGCAUGGCUUGAUCUCACCUGUGGGAAAGAAACUCAUAUUAAAAAAGCUGUGAAGUACUUUGAUGAAGCCCUUCAGGAAGGGAACGAUGUUUUUGCUCUUCUUGGCAAAGCACAAUAUUUUGAGGUCCGACAGAAUUAUUCAGGAGCUCUGGAAAUCGUGAACCAGAUAAUUGCAAGCUUUCCAAACUUCAUUCCUGCUUUCAUAAAGAAAAUGAAGCUACAGCUAGCCUUGCAGGACUGGGAACAGACAGUUGAAACUGCACAUAGACUACUGCAGAAAGAUGCCCUCAACUUAGAAGCCAUAAGAAUGGAGGCCCUGCACUUCCUAUGCAGGGAAGGAAAUAUACCCCAGGCUUCAGCAAGACUGGGUGACCUAGUUAAAGCACUGGACAAGUUAGAACCACGUAAUUCACAGCUCUUCUGUAAAAUGGCUUUAGCUUUCAGUAGAACAUGUGGCAGGAACCAACUUAUCCUUCAACAUACACAAACCUUAGUUGAAAGAGCAUUUGACUUGACAUCUGACAAUGCAGAAUUUGCUACUGAACUUGGCUACCAAAUGAUUCUACAAGGGAAAGUGAAAGAAGCUUUAAAAUGGUACAAGACUGCUAUGACCCUUGAUGAAACAAGUGUUUCUGCACUAACUGGAAUUAUCCGUUGUCAGCUAAUACAAGGGCAACUAGAAGAUGCGGAGCAGCAGUUGGAGUUUCUUAAUGAAAUUCAGCAGUCCAUUGGGAAAUCUGGGGAGUUAUCUUUCUUGCGUGCAGUCCUAGCUAUGAAAAAGCAUAAGAGACAAGAAGAAGUUAUUGCUUUACUGAAUGAUGUUCUGGAUACUCACUUUUCAUCAUUGCGUGGUUUUCCCCUUGGUGUGGAGUACUUUGAAAAACUAAAUCCUGACUUCUUGCUAGAAAUCAUUAGGGAAUAUCUUAAUUUUUGUCCAGCUCAGCCUGCGUGUCAUGGGCAGUCUCCUUCAUCACUUCUCAAACACUGUGCUUCUGUUCUGGAAACUGUGGUAAAGACUGUGCCAGGUCUCCAACAAGCUAUUUUUCUAAUUGCAAAGGUGAAAUACUUAACAGGGGAUAUUGAAGCAGCCUAUAACAAUCUACAUUACUGUCUUGAAAGGAAUCCUUCUUAUGCAGAUGCACACUUACUCAUGGCCCAGGUAUAUUUGGCUCAAAACAAUACUAAACUGUGUUCUCAAUCCCUGGAACUCUGUCUGAGCUACAAUUUUGAGGUGAGAGAACAUCCUGUGUAUUACUUAAUUAAGGCCCAAACCCAAAAGAAGAUGGGUGAAAUAUCAGAAGCUAUUAAGACCUUACAGAUGGCAAGGAAUUUGCCUGGAAUGAGAAAACAUACAGCUUCCUCAAAGACCAAAGCAAAAAGAAUUGAAAUUGAUGCAAAUGAUCGUGUGUCUGUCUUCCUAGAAUUAGUAGAAGCACAUUGUUUGAAUGGAGAACUGCAUGAAGCUGCUAUAGUACUGCAAGAUGCCAUUAAUGAAUUUUCUGGAACUCCUGAGGAAGUGAGAGUUUUGAUUUCAAAUGCAGAUUUGGCAGUUGCUCAAGGAGAUGUUGAACAAGCCUUGACUGUGCUCCGAAAUAUCACACCUGAACAACCCUACUUUGUACAAGCUAAGAUAAAAAUGGCAGACACUUAUCUUCAGUACAGGAGAGAUAAGAAGUUAUAUGCUGGCUGCUAUAGAGACCUAGUAGAAAAACUUCCAAGUGCUCAUACUCUACUUCUUCUUGGUGAUGCAUACAUGAAUAUUCAAGAGCCUGAUGAAGCCAUAGAAGUCUAUGAGCAGGCCUUGAAGAAAAAUCCAAAAGAUCCAGCUUUAGCAAGCAAAAUUGGAAAAGCCCUAACCAAAACUCAUAACUAUUCAAAGGCAAUCAGUUACUAUGAGGCUGCCUUGAGAAAUGGUCAACAGAACUUCCUUUGCUAUGAUUUGGCUGAGCUUUUAAUGAAGCUGAAGCAGUAUGAAAAGGCAGAAAUGGUACUUCAGCAAGCUUUAGAUCAUGAGCCUGUUAAUGAAUUGUCUUCUAUGAUGGAAGAUGGACGUUACCAGCUUCUUCUGGCAAAAAUUUACAGCAAAAUGGAGAAGACUGAUGAAACAAUAGCUUCAUUACAACAGGCUCGGGAAUUGCAAGCCAGAAUACUUAAAAGGUCUCAGAUAGAACAGCCAGAUGUGGUUCCUGCACAGAAACAGUUAGCAGCUGAAAUUUGUACUGAGAUUGCAAAGCAUUGUACAGCCCAGCGGAACUAUGAAAAAGCAAUUAAAUUCUACAAAGAAGCACUUGUUCACUGUGAAACCGAUAAAAAGGCAAUGUUGGAACUUGCACGUUUGUAUCUUGCACAAGAUGAUGCUGAUGCCUGUCAACAUCAGUGUUCCUUGUUGCUGAAGAAUGACCAAGAUAAUGAAGCAGCAACGAUGAUGAUGGCUGACCUCAUGUUCAGGAAGCAAGACUAUGAGCAAGCUGUCUUUCAUUUCCAGCAGCUCCUAGAACGCAAGCCAGAUAACUAUGCAACCCUCUCACGAUUAAUUGAUCUGUUAAGAAGAGCUGGGAAGCUAGAAGAAGUCCCAAGAUUUCUUUUAAUGGCUGAAAAACAUUCUUCCAGAACAAAGCUUGAACCAGGUUUUCACUACUGCAAGGGACUGUAUCUUUGGUACACAGGUGAACCAAAUGAUGCACUCCGGCAUUUUAAUAAAGCUCGAAAGGACAAUGACUGGGGACAGAAUGCUGUCUAUAACAUGAUUGAAAUUUGUUUGAACCCAGACAAUGAAACUGUAGGUGGUGAAGUCUUUGAAAAUCUAGAUGGUGACAUAAGUAAUUCAACAGAGAAGCAGGAGUCUGUGCAGUUGGCUGUAAGAACAGCAGAAAAUCUUCUGAAGGAACUGAAGCCUCAGACCAGUCAGGGUCACAUUCAGCUGCGAAUCAUGGAAAAUUACUGUCUCAUGGCAACCAAACAAAAAUCAAAUGUUGAACGAGCACGGAACACUUUUACUGAAAUAGUAGUGGCUGAGAAAGAUCAUAUACCAGCACUUUUGGGAAUGGCCACAGCCUACAUGAUCUUGAAACAGACUCCACGAGCCAGAAAUCAGUUAAAACGAAUUGCAAAAAUGAACUGGAAUCCCAUUGAUGCAGAGGAGUUUGAAAAGAGUUGGCUUCUGCUUGCAGAUAUAUAUAUUCAGUCUUCAAAAUAUGAUAUGGCAGGUGAAUUAUUAAAACGAUGUCUUCGUCAUAACAGGUCCUGUUGCAAGGCUUAUGAAUACAUGGGAUACAUAAUGGAAAAGGAGCAAGCAUAUAAAGAUGCAGCAAUGAAUUAUGAGAUGGCCUGGAGAUAUGGAAACCAAACAAAUCCAACAAUAGGCUACAAGCUGGCUUUCAAUUACCUGAAAGGGAAGAGAUAUGUUGAUGCGAUCACUAUUUGUCAUAAGGUGCUCGAAGCACAUCCAAACUAUCCGAAGAUCAGAAAGGAAAUACUUGACAAGGCCCGUGCAUCGUUAAGAACAUGACUUAAAAAAAAAAAAAUAAAUUUUGAAGCUCAUCAACUUGUUUGUUUGAUCUCACUUUGGAAACUAUUGCAAUGACAGUGACCAUAUCAGCACAAAUGUACUGUGAAUAUGGAAUUCAAUUUCUGUGAAUAUGGAAUACAGUUACAUUGCAUUAGAAAUCUGGCUUAUUUCCAAGAAAAAUCUGCAGCCCUGAAAAGAACUGUAGUUACUCAGCAGAGAAUACUGCUUGUGUGUGGUAUAUAAAGCAUCAUCUGAAAAUAAAAAAUAACAAAGGUAAGGGCCACAAACGUCUCUAUAAAAUACUGCUGAAGUGUAUUUUGGAUAACAACUCCACAACUUGUAUCUCCAGGAAGGAAGUCACUAGUGUCCAUUUCCCAUCUAUUUCUCAAAAGUGAAUAUGCACUCCACACUGUAAUCUGUACUGCAAGUAAUCUAUACUGCUGUGUGUUUCAAAGAAAAGUAGUAAAUAUAAGAAUACUUGCGUGAAUACAAGGGUUUCAGAGAAACGGUAUGUAGGAGAUAGUGCACUCCUAUUCUUUUGAGUUCCAGCAUUUACAGUUUUAAAGACUAAUUCUGUAUUCUUUUAUCCAUUUGAAAUAGCACUCAAAACAACAGCCUGUCCUAACCUAGUUAAGGUUUUUUGUCUUUGCUUAUUGUUGAGAUGCUGGAUCUUGGUUUAAGUAAACUGCUCAUUCCAAAUUUCUAAAGUAUGCUUUUAUUUUUAUGUAUACUGUAAAUACACUUCAGUUUUUCAAUAUUAAAGUAAUUGUAUACAUUGUUCUCAAACUUUCAUUUCUAAUGAAAUUGUAGUAUUUAAAAAUAAGAUUUUAUAUUAAAAAAAUAUUCAGUAAAGGCUUUUAAAGACUAUGCAAGUCUUCUACACAGUAUUAAUUCUCUACUCAUGCUGUCUGUUAUCAACCUGUCUGUCAGACUUCUGUGGAGAAAAAUAUCUCAUUUCUAAUUUGGAGGGUUUAGUCUCUCAAUAUCAUAUGUGUAGACAGUACAGUCAUAUGUGUAGAAGUUAAUGCUUGUUUCACCUUUUUCCAAAAAGCAGGUGUGGCUUUGUUUUGAUUACAUGGGAUUGUGGUCUCUUGUGUAUGUAACAUACCUGUGGCUCUUAAAGGGAUCAACAGCAGGUUGUGAAUGACAUUUUGUCAGUAACGCAGAAUUUCUUCGAAAACAUGCCAAACAAAAAAUGCCAGUGCACUGUGGUAUGUGUUUUUUCAAACAUACCUUGGUUAUAUGUAUUUGACUAGAAAAAUACUUUGGCACGAAGAAAACAAAUCUUAAAACUAGUACUAAAAUUUCUUAACUUUGUUUCCUGAUUAAGUUUUAGCUUUCCAUGUUGACAUUACGUAAAGUCACUUUUUCUGGCAGUGAGGUGGUGGCCUGUUUUUGACAAUUCCUUGUUAGGCUACACAAGGAACUGUUUAAAAUCAUAUCUAAUCUUGCCUAUCAGUAACUGGGUGCUCUGUCUUGGACAAUUUACAGCCUUGUUUCCUAAGUGAUACAUGUCAAUCUGUUUAAGCGGUGAUGCUACCUACUGGAAGUUUCUAGGUUCUGCAUUCAAGUAACUUCUGAGUUGUUGAUCAGCUAAACUAAAAUUAAUGGAAACUUUCAGGUGCAGGUGUGUAACAUUUCUGCAAGUUUUGUGUGAAAAAUGGAGUUAAGUGGCCUUUCCUUCACCAGGUAACCUUGAAACUUUAUGCUAUUGACUUACCCCUUCUGUAACAGUCACAACAAAGGAGGGGAAAAAUAGGAGAUUGAGGCGGGGAUAAGACUGGUUUGGAAAUGGAAUGGAGAACACAGAAGGAACUGGAAAAUGCUGAGGCGGGAGGGUGUAUUAUAUGGAAGCUGGGCUGUGGGGAUCAGACUGGGAAUCCUUAAUCUGCUGGAUUUUUUUUCUCCACUGCUGAAAUUACAAUGGCCUAUUUCAAGGCAGUUUCUAAUAAAACAGCAUUUCUUUAUCCACA